CAGUGUGAGUGAGUGGGUGUCUUGAUGUGAGAUCAUUUAUUGAGCAUUGAUUAGAUAUUUGCAGUAUUCCUGGAUAUCAAAAGGCGUAAAACGUAUUACAAUUAACACGGGGCAAAUUCAGCAGAUAGAGAAUCGCUUGCCAAAUGGCAGUCUCAUCACUUGUUCGACCUUUGUGCCUUUGUUUAGGCACAUUGGGAUUGGUACAAGGAUUGAUACUUUGUGCACUAACUCUAUUGGGUGUUCUGGUACAUCUUUGUGUAAUCACAGUGGAUCCCGACGAAACAUUCACCACUUUUGUACCGCUCGUAGUAGGACUAUACUUUCAAGGGGCAGAAUGUCAGGUCUACAACACUACGGUACUUUCAGACGAUUACUUUUUAAACCUCGUUACACCAGAAUGGCUGUUUAUUUGGAUGGCAGUUUACGUUGGAGUUUCUGGACUCUGGAUCAUCUUUAGUACACUGAUAAUGAGCGGAUUUGUGUACAGAAAAAAAAUUCUGCAUUACUUCCUUCCAUGUUGGAUUAUACUUACACUUGGAAAUUGUACGAUGGAUCUCGUAUUAGCUGUUUACUUUGGAUUUGAUUUCACCGAUCUUAUUACCAAUGCUUCCGAAAUCUAUGGAACAUCGCUGUUGCCUGUUGUUCCUUUUGCCAUGAUGAUUUUAAGCUUGAAAGGUGGCGCUUUAUGGGUAAUCAAUUUUGUCGGCAGUAUAUUUGCUACAGUUGCACUGCACAACUUUGUGAAACACAAAGAUGAUCGUAAGCCACUGUUUUUGGAACGAGCUGGAUUUCUUGACCAAAAUCCAAUCGAUGGUUUUGCAGCAAUUGAAGUGCCUAGGCCAACGUCGCUUUUGCUCAACACCAACUCGAAGAAAAAAAACAUCUCAACAAUUUCAACGCUCCAUAGUUAUUAUAUAAAUCAUCAAGACACUAGAAGCGAAUUGCAAUCUCCAAUUUCGAAUAUUCCACCAUUGGAUACGUGGAGAAAGCCGACUCUGGGGGAUAUUCCAGAUCCUGAUUACAGUCCAACAUCGACGGUAACUGGUUUGAAAAAUGAAACGGAUUCUCAAUCUUCCCGGCGACAGCAGAGUCUAUAUAAUCCAACUUUACCUUUAAGGCCAAGUUUGAAGAAGAGUCAACAGAGCUAUGAAAGGAAGGAGGAUAUUAGUCUAUAGAAUCAUAGGAAGGACACGUUGUAUUCAACGAUUACUGGACAUCUCUAUGUUAUCACAUCAAACGAAUAUCAACUGAAAAGUAGUAACAGGUAUCGGAGCACAGUUGUAUUUUCCUUUACUUGUGAGGUGCGGUAUGAUUUGUGGUUUUAAGUCGCGAUCAUAGAAAUUUCCCUACGAAAUUAAUCUCUUUACAUCUAUCAGUCAAGAGGAACAAUUUCAAUUCUUAUAAUCUGUAGCACACAGAUAAUUCAUAUUCUUCGACAAAGUGAAAUUAUUUCUUUUAAGUACCAUUUCUAUUUGAAAAAUUGAAAUGAAUAUAAAACGAAGUCAACGGAUUGUGUCAUUGAUUCAGCGUGGAGAUUUCCAUAUAUAUUUCAAUAGUGAAAUCCUCAACUGUAGUUAGUUUCGUUGCACAUAUUAUUAAGAAAGUGUCUUCUGCAUGUGUGGCAAUGAGUUCCCGUUCCUGAACUGUAUAUACUAUGUGUAUUUAUAUUCUUUAAUUUUAAUAGACAAUUGAAAAGUUAUUGAAAUUAUGCGAUACGACUUGUGUCGCAUAAUUUCACCAGUGAAAAAAUUCAUAUCAUAGUUUACUAUUCCAUAAUAUUGAAGAGGUGUUAUAGAGAGAGCAAAAAUCGUCUAAUUUUAUUUUUUUUCUAGAAUAUUAUUAGAUGCUGUAUAAUUCACGCACACUGUAA